AUGAAGCUAUCGAUUGUGGCUGCCGUCAUGGCCGCCUGUUCUACAGUGCUUUCCUCUCCAGUCUACGAAAAGUUCAGACACGGACCGCUGAACGUGACCACCAACGGUACCACCGUGUGGAACAGAAGCAACCACUCCAACGUCUCCGGCGGUGCCGCCGGCGCCAUUGGCACCAAGCUCAAAGUGUUCAUCACGGGCGGCUCUGUGCCGCUCUCGAACACAUCGCAGUUCCCCAACGUGGAGUGGCAGACGCUCUUCAACGCCUCCUCCGCCCUGAACAUCACGCAGCUCUACAACGUGGCUUCCUCCGUCAACCAGACGCUGCAGGACGACACCUUCUCCGGCGUCGUUAUCGUGGCCAACAAGCCCUCCAUCGAGGCGCUCGGCUUCUUCUCCGCGGUCGUCUUCGACACCAACAAGACCGUUGUCGUCACCGAGGACCCCGCCUCGGGCAUCCCCGUUGCCAAGGACUUCGGCUCGCAGUUCCGCGGCGCGCUCACCGUCGACAAGAAAUCCGGUCUCAUCUACAGCGGAGUGUUUGCGCCCGCAGAGCGCGGCGCUGCGGGCGUCCCCGUCGGGCUACUCCACGAGACGCAGGUCAACUGGUUCAUGGAGCCCUCUCUGCCACUGCUCAUCGACACCACGUCUCCGAUCCGCGUCACCUACUCGAACUUCACCACCACCAACGUCUCGAACAACUCUCCCGUGGUCCCCAUCAUCUUCGACGGCAACUUCUCGCAGAGCAUUGUCAACAGAUUGGCCGGCUCGAUCAACGGCCUGGUCGUCGCGGUCCCCGACUUCGUUAGCAACUCGAGCACCUCGACCCUCUCCAGCACCCAGCUGCCCGUCGUCUUUGCCGGUGUCUCGAGCGGAAUCCCAUUCGUCGCAGGUGACGACGUUCCAUCCGAUGCGAUCGCUGCUGGCUAUCUGUCGCCUAUCAAGUCCCAGGUGCUGGUCUCGAUCGCUGCGGCAAACAACGUUUCGUCGCCUGCCAGCGUGGAUCAGCUGUUCCCAUAG